ACCGAUACCAGCGGCGUAAGCGGCGGGCUAGAAGGAGACGGCUGGGCGGCAGCGCGGGCCAGGCAGACGGACGGACGGACGGGACCGGAGCGGACGGCAGCAGCAGACCGGGGUCAGUUUCAGCGGACGGCGGUAGUGGACCGGGGUCAGCCUCAGGGGACGUGUCAGAUCCAGCACACAGGUUCAGCAGACCGGAACCAGAGUCAGAGGACGGUAGCAGCGGACCGGGGACAUAGAACGCCACUCACAGAACGGCCCAGCUCGAAGAUGGCCACUCCGCCGCACGACGAGAUCACACUGGACCGUACUGAUGUCUGGGAGGUGAUCUCGAGCGUGCUGCAGAAGUGGGGCAACAGCCUGCCCGAUAAGAAGCCCUGCCCCCUCAGACGGCAGCGCAAACGUUUCACCAAGGAGGGCUGCGGACCGGGCCCGUGCCGACUGCCGUGCUGCCGGCCGAUGCUGACCGUGCUGCGGGAGGACGUGAACAGCGAACAGCGCCGCGAGGUCAUCGGCCAGGUGCGCGAGCUGCUUAUCAGGUUCGAGCUGCGCACGCGCGGCCAGGCGCGGCUGGCGCUCUCCUGUCGGGACGACAUGCGUAACGCACUGCUGCUGCUGCUGCACCAGCUCAUACUGAGCUGUCAGCGCGGUGAGAGGCUCACCUACAUGGCGCCGGGAGGGUACGGGAGGGGAGCGGGCCAGCGCAGGCACACCACGGCAGAGUGUGCCGGGUACAGCGGGCGGUACUCCACAGCAGGGCAACCAGGACCGCAGGGAUGUUGUGGCCGUAUGUAUCCGAGACAGUGUAUGGAAGGACCUCAGGGCGCCCCCACAAACUGGGGACACGAUACAGGACAUCACGGACACUGCGGCCACUUCGGAGAGAGACGGCGCAACUGCAGCGCGCAAGACAGCACGGUAGGACAAGGCGGACAUCCGGGGUACUGCAGGCAAACGGGUCAUGACUACAUGAGAGGGCACUUUGGGCACUGCGGACACAGCGAUAUCACAGGACACGAGAGGCCCAGUGGGUGCUGCGGACACCCUGUAUAUCACGGACACGCUGGGUGCUGCGGACACUACGGACACGCCGCGCACUGCGGACACGGUGAUGUAAGUCAGCACAUGUGCGGCGGACACGACAGCGCUCCAGAACGCCACACAGACCACGGCCACUGGGAACAAUGUGCCAUGGAGAGACACUGUGUACAGCACGGGCACAGGGGACUCCAGGAGCAGGGACACUCUGCGGCCUGUCCAGGUCACUGCAACAACACCAGGCACGCACCUGACAUGCCGCCAAGCCAAACGAUUGGUGACACAAAGCAGAAGGCAGAAGCUUAGGACCAGAUAGUCACGGCUGAGGCUGACAAGUGACAUGGCCGAAAGCCAGGAAACGUGACGAGCAUGCAGCGGAGCACGCAGUGUCCUGAAUUCAAUUGUGACUGGAUUUUGUGGCACCACAUCACUCGUAAGAAUGUUUGCUUGAUGUGAUGUACGAACGCUUUGUGUCUCGAUAAAGUGAGCAUGCAAGGUCGAGCUAUGCCGUGCAUCGAUAAGGUAUUAGGUAACUACCUAUAGAUAUCGUGUACUCGUAGAGUCAUGAAUGAAGAAUGGGAAGAAUCGUGUGACGGCGUGCGUCGGAAGAUAUGGAGGACCGUGUAUAACCGCGUCUCGCUAAGGCGAAUACUCGUACACUGUUUUGUGUAACGCCGCGUCUCAGUGAAUACGGAUGACCGUGUAACAUCGUGUCUUCGUGAGUAUGAAAGCUGCGUAAUAGUGUCUCGGUAAAUAAAGAAAACCACGUACUUGCAGAUACGGUGUAUCCGUGACUAUGAAGGGUCUGUAACGCUAUGUAUCGGUAGGUAUGAAUGAUCGUAUAGCGCCAUGUCUCGAUGAAUAUACACACAGGAAAAUGUAA